AUGAUGCAAUGCUGCCCUUUGGAUCAACAACACAAAUUGAUCAUUAUAAUGACGUUGUAUUCUUCAGUAACCCAACACAGCAUGCCAACUUUUUGUCUGAUGCAGCCAUCAGGAACUCAAUACAUCACCCAAACUUUCUUAUGGGUUGCCAUCGGUUGGACUGCAUUUAUUGCUGCAAUUGUUGGCUGACAAUUUUAUACUUCUCUUUUAUCAGUUAUAAUUACUGAGUUAUCUGCAAGGGUAAAGCACAUGGUAUACUCUGAUCAUGAAUAUUUGUAAUUUUGUUCAGAGCUCUAAGAAUAGAAUAGAUACUUAAUAAAUGUUCAAAAAGUAACUCUCUUAAGCAAAGGAUAAGGUUUUACCUUUAUAAAACUUUCAAGAUUGGAAUAUUAGCUUCCUUCUGUUCCUUAUAAAAGACUAUGAAGCUGAUUGGUGUAACCUGUAUCUCUACAAUUCAGCAAAUUGCCAUGGAUGGAAUUGUUGCUGAUAAGGAUGGGAUCAUAAGAUCUACAUCAGAUGCACCACCAACUCAUUACACUGUCAAAAUACAAUUAUUUUCUGUACUUUUGAAGAAUGUAGUGGAGAAAUAUGAUUCUGGGGUAUUUGAAGCCGGAGGCUACAAAUGGAAACUGGUUCUCUACCCCAAUGGUAAUAAAAGCAAGAAUGUAAAAGAGCAUAUUUCACUCUACUUAGCAAUAGCAGAUGCAAGUUCUCUCACUCAUGGUUGGCAGGUGUAUGCUGUUGUCCGUUUGUUUUUGCUUGAUCAGAAUAAGGACAACUACUUGAUAGUUCAAGAUGCUCCGGGGAGGGAAAGACACUUUCACAGAUUGAAGCUUGAAUUGGGUUUUGAUCAAUAUAUUCCGCUCACAGUAUUUAAUGAUGCUUCUAAUGGGUACCUUGUGGAGGACUCGUGUGUGUUUGGAGCAGAGGUCUUUGUUUGUAAAGAAACAAUCACAGGCAAAGGAGAGUGCUUAUCAAUGAUCAAAGAUGCACCUCCUGUUAGGCAUGUCUGGAAGGUUGAAAGCUUUUCAAAGUCAAAUGAAGAAUGUUAUCGCUCAAAAGUAUCCAUGGCUGGAGAUCACAAAUGGUAUCCAAAUGAAGAGUGUUAUGGCUCAAAAGUAUCCUUUGCCGAAGAUCUCAAAUGCUAUCCACAUGACAAAUAUUCUGGCUCAAAAGGAUCCAUUGCCGAAGAUCUCAAAUGCUAUCCACAUGACGAAUGUUCUGGCUCAAAAGUAUCCAUUGCUGGAGAUCACAAAUGGUAUCCAAAUGAAGAAUGUUAUGACUCAGAAGUAUUCAUUGCUGGAGAUCACAAAUGGAAAAUACAGCUCUAUCCAAAGGGAAGACAUCAUGGAACUAACACUCAUCUGUCUCUGUACUUAGCUUUGGCAAAUGUAUCUACACUAACUCCUGGUUCUAAAAUAUAUGUAGAGUUUGUGCUGCGUAUCCAGGAUCAAUUGCAGGGCAUGCACGUAAGUGGUAAAGCUAAGCACUGGUUCAGCACCUCACAGCGGGAAUAUGGUUGGCCACGAUUCAUGUCAUUCAUUUACUUAAAUAAUACAAGCACUGGUUGUCUAGUGAAAGAUGUUUGCGUGGUAGAAGCGGAGGUGACUGUCCUCGGAAUUUCUGGUGCACUGUAAGGAGUUGGCUUAGUUCGCAAUUUCCCCCUUUAAAAACUAGAAUGUGACUCUGCAUUAAACUCUUGAAAGGCUGUAUAUUUUCCAAAAGUUAUCAAUAAAAACCAUAUAUUUUACA